AUGGGAGAAUACAAGCUUGCCAUUGAGCCCUGUGUAGCCUGCAGUAAACGAAAGGACAAAGAGACCAUCCCAUGCGCAGAGAGCACCAGCGGUGUGCUCACCGCCUGUUUCACUUGCAACACGGGCAAGACGAAAUGCAGCAAGGCAGGGGGGAGUUCAAAGAAGAAGACUGAGGGAGAGGAGGCAGAGGAAGUGAAGAUCGUGGUCAAGAAAACCAAGAAGCGCAAGGCAAAGAAGGAUGAAGAAGCCGAGGACAGGGGAGAGAAGGGAAAGAAGAAAGCCAAGAAAUUGAAGGCUAAGAAGUUGGAACGAAUGGCAGAGGGAGCCAAGGAUGGGGGAGAGGAGGAAAGUGUGGUCAUCGUUCAAAGACCCAAGACGAAGGCAACGAAGCAGGAUGUAGAAAUGGCUGAGGUUUCUGAGGGAGAGUCGUUCGAUUUCGAGUCUAUAAAAGAGGAGGAUUCAGAGAUGGUGGACAUGACCUUGGGUGUGGACGCCGAGGUUGGUACUUCUUCCCGACCUGACAAAGGCAAGGUGUGGGCAACUCCAGCCAUCGUCAUUGAACGACCAACACCAACACCCCCAGUUCAACCCAAGUUGAGUCUGGCCAUGGAUGAAAUGCCCACCGUGCCCGAUGUCGGCCAAUCAUCAGCUUCCCUCAUGCCCAACCUUGGGCAAUCAUCAGCAACAGGGAUCAUGCCCGACCUCAGGCAAUCAUCAGAUUUUGCUGCAACGCCCAUCAUGCCCGACCUUGGGCAAUCAUCAGGUAAUGCUGUGAUGCCCAUUGUGCCCGACCUCAGCCAAUUGUCAGCUCCUGCCAAUGACAUGGUGGGGAUCUUAGUCAAUAGUGCUCUGGCCUCGGUCGACAUCUUCCCUUCCCAGCCUGAGCAGUCGGUUUCGAACUUGUGCCGCAUCAGUCCCCCUCACGUUCAAGAACUUCAUCCAAUGUACAUCAAGAAGGUGGAUUUCAGGUCCCGCACUCCGCCACCGGCAUUCGACAUGCAUGUGAUCCAGCAUGAGAUCAGGAGACUCGGUCAAGAUCAGACCGACAUUCAAAACACUCUCCACGAACAACAGGCUCAGCUGACCAUCGCGUCAGAGCAUACCGGCAUCGACCCGAGUGCUCUUCUCCCCCCAUUCGUGAACUCCACAUCAUUCAGCCAACGUCUGGCCUCCCUGGAGGAAAUGACCCAGAGACUUCAAGAGGUUGAAUCUGCUGGCGAUCGUCUUGCUGAACAAGUCAAAACUUUGGAAACAUUGUUGUGGUUUGAAGAGGAAAGAAGAAGUAAUGCAUACACCGCAAGGAUGGACCAAUUUGAAGACCUUCACCAAGCAUGGUGGAAGGAUGCCGAAGCCAGGCUCCAAGACCAUCAGAUGGACUUGUACACGAUAAGGGUUCAGCAUGAAGCUUUUGAGGGGGAGGUCAGGAAUAUGAUGAAGGUGACGCCGGCUGCAUUGCAAGAACAAGUCGUGAAGUCUAUGGCUGAACUUACAAACCGAGUCCACCAGGUCGAGCAAGCACAGGAGACUCUGACUACAUCCUAUAGCGCACUUACCGAGGGUCAGAUAAAACUUGGUAACCGACAAAUGAUUGUGGAACAAAUUGUCCUCAAUCAUUUCGGCCACAAAAUCAAGACCGACACCCAGAUCGAUGCGACCAAGGGGACGGCCGAUAUUGGCAUCAACACGAUGAAGGCUACUGUGGAUAUUGGCAUCAACACCAAUAAAUCAGCAGAGGAAUUGGUCCAAGCAUCGAGCCCGGCCCCAAUCCAGUCAGCAGCUCCUCCGACGCCGGCGCAAGCUUUGAGCCCGGCUCCAAUUCAAUCGGCAGCUGUGCAAGCUUCGAGCCCGCCUCCAAUUCAACCCACAGCUCCUUCAAAUCUGGUUCAAGCUGAGAGCCUGGCCCCAAUCUAUUUGGCUCCAAAGCCAGUUCGUGCGACACGCCGCAGCAGAUCACCCUCUCCCUUCACAGUUGGCACCAGGAGGUCUCCUCGGCUGAUAGCUUCAUCUGAUGAUCAUCCUUUGACUCCCACUAAUGAAGACCUGCAAUAA